CGCAGUGACUUGCAUUAACUACUGGUAUCUGUCUAUAUCAUACAGGCAUAUCCUGUCGCUUUAGAAUCAUUGCGUCUUAGGUCCCCAUCUCUUUAUCCACAAUGAACAUGAUGAAGGUUCUGGCGGUCGUGCUGCUAGUUUCUGUGUCCACGACUGCCUCCAGUGCCAAUAUACAAGACUCGCUUCAAAACACCAUAUCAUUUCUGUGUUCGACGCCCCGUCAACAUGGAUUCUUCCAGAUCAUGUGUCAGUGGUUCAGAAUAGUCUCUUCGGGGUCCCUGGCGCGGAGACCAUCAGUGAACCAGGCACCCGUCUUUCGACAACCUUUAAGAUUUGCGGUCCUUGAAUACUCUCCCAUGGGCACUAUUGUUGGCACCGUGACAGUGGAGGAUUCAGACGGUCCCCAGCCCCCAGUGCUGACAGUUAGUAAUGGACCGCUUGCCGUGAUGGGUGGAGCUCGGGAGACAGAGCCCGGAGUCUUCAGGAUCAACCUCGCGACCACGCAGCUCCUUGACAAGGAAACGAGAUCAGAGUAUACAAUGUCCAUAUUGGUUUCUGAUGGCAAGAACCAGAAGAAUGCAACUGUCUCCUUAAUUGUGAUGGACGUCAAUGAGCCCCCUGUAUUCCAGUCAGUCUUCUACAGAGCAUCUGUCAACAGUUCUACUCCCAUGGGAACGGUCAUCCUGCAGCUACAGGCCACUGACAUGGACUCGGGGACAGCAGGUGUUAUCGACAGGUACUACAUCCAGAGCAGCCACAUCUUAAUCCAGAAUCACUUUGCCAUCGUCCCUCCUGCCUCUGGGCGCCUUGUUCUGAUCCAGCCAUUCUCGCCAGUGACCAGAAGUAAAACACUGGAAUUUACAGUAGGGGCAAGGGAUGCACGGGGGAUGAGAGGCUUUACACACGUCAGGGUGAUGGUCAUUGCUGAUGUGGCUACAACCACCACUACCACCACCACCACCACCACCACCACCACCACCUCACCCAGUAUAGUUCCACGACCUCCCAAGAUAAUGGCCACCAGCUCGGAUAUUCAUCAACAAAUAUACUUUUUUGAAUUCAAGCAUAGGGUCCUGCAGCUAGACUGUGAGGCUGAUGGCUACCCACAACCAAGUUACAUUUGGGAGAAAAAUGGCAGACCGCUUGUUUUGGGUGAGAACAUGUCACUCAACAAUGGAGCCCUCGUCAUGUCAGGACCAACAGCAGGAGAUAGUGGUGCUUACCGCUGCUUUGCAAGGAAUGUGUUUGGCACCAGCGUCAGCUCCACAUUUCAUCUCAUGGUUCGUCGUCUCGGAGAUUUCUCUAAUAUUCCUAGAGAUGAGGUGACCGCAGUUGUUGGGGAACAACUGUCCCUUGAAUGUCUGGUGCCCCCUUACUCGUCCGAAUAUAUUCAGAUUGACUGGGAAUAUAAGGACAAGUAUUCAUUUAAGCCUUUCGUGCUAACCAAACGCAUUGUGCAGGAUUCACGUGGGUCUCUGAUAUUCCGGAGUGUUCGGGAGGGAGACUUUCCUCGAGUUUUCCGCUGUCGUGCCUCCAUAGACCCGGGUGUGUCAGAUACCAGCACCGACAUCAGAGUCAGAAUUAGACCAGGUGUUGAAGGAAGUCGUGGGAAACUCCCAUACCUGAUAUACUCCAGUGCAAACCAUGUGACCGCUGUGGCGGGACAACCACUGACCAUGUACUGUAUAUAUGGUGGAAGACCUGUACCCAGUCAGUCCUGGACAACGAGAGCGGGGAACAGAUCGACCGUGGACAAUACAGGGCACACUGAGUUUCACAUAGCUUCUGUGAGGUCAGAGGAUGCUGGCACAUACAACUGCUCAGCAUCCAACAGACUGGGCCUCAAACAAACAAACUUUGAAGUAAGCAUUGAAGAAAGAGCACGAUUUACAUCCAAGUUUGAGGAUCAGAGGCUGACACAGCUGUCUGGAGGAGUAGCUAUAUUCCAGUGUUCGGCCUAUGGAAAUCCCAGGCCUCGGAUUGACUGGAUCAUUAACGGCCAACAAUGGCACAACAGUACUUCAGCUGCUGCAGUGAGAGAAAAGCGUGUGCAGAUUCUCCAGGACACACUGAUGGUGUCUGGUGCAAGGCCAGGAGACCAGAUGGUGGUCGGCUGUAUGGCCUUUAACAACCACGCCUCCAUCUACCAGGAAGCACGGCUCAUCUGAUCCGUGUAAACUGUGCAUGGAUGCCGACAGUUCAUUCUCAAUAAGAUCUAGGUCAUUGUGAUGCAUGUCACCUUAGAGAUCCGGCAGUGACAGUUAUUGCUGAGUAAGAUUGACUGACAUAGUAAGAGCUCAGUGAUGAUCAAAUCCCAACUGUGACUUGACAGAUUGUUGCUCACAUCGUCUGUCGGUCUGGAUGGUGUAGUACCAGUUCAGUUGUGUCAGUUCAUGACUGGUUUCCAUGGUAACAGCUGUAAUAUUAGUGAUGAGGAUGUUGUUGGUUGGUUUGUUGCCUCACUCAGCAGUAUUCCAGCUAUAUGGCAGCAGUCUGGAAAUAAUCAAGGCUAGACCAGACAAUACAGUGAUCAACAGCAUGAGCAUCAAUUUAUGCAAUAAUUAUGCCAACCAACUCAGCAAGCCUGACCGCUUGAUCCCAUUAGUGGCCUCUUACAAAAAGAAUGGAUUGCUGAAGAUCAAUUCUAAUCCAGAUCUUCACAGGAUGAUGAAAAUGUAACACACACUCGCAAUGACAAGUUCAUUAAUCAUGGGAGGACAUAAAGUGUAUUGUUACUCUA